AUGUUCGCGCGAACUGUGUCUGCAAAAGAAGUGGAAACUCAUAGUCGGGAGACGGAUAUCUGGAUUGUAGUCAAUGGGAAAGUCUACGACGUGACUGAAUUUGCCCCGACACAUCCGGGGGGAGCCCAGAUCAUCUACCAAUAUGCCGGCAAAGAUGCGUCGGUGGAGUACAACAGCGCACACUCCUCCUCGCUAAUCGCCACCGAACUCCACGGAUCCUGCAUCGGCGAGUUGGACACCUCUACCGUUCCCCCGAGCUGGCUGACCUCGGUCGCGACCGAGGCAGCCCCGACACACUCGCCCCAGACUCCUCGCCACCCGCCCCCUCUCAGCGAAGCUCUCAGUCUCAAGGACUUCGAGAAGAUCGCCCGAGACCAGCUAAGCCCCAAGUCAUGGGCGUUCAACAGCGGUGCGGCCAACGACAAUCUCACGCGAGAUGCCAACCAGACGAUGCUGCAGCGGAUCUGGCUGCGACCGGCGAUCAUGCGCGACGUCUCUGCAGUGACCACGCGCCGGACGUUGCUAGGCUGCCGCUUCACGGUGCCCAUAUACAUCGCGCCGGUAGGCGCGGCCAAGAGUGUCUGGGUGGAGGGUGAACUUCCAUUGGCACGGGCAGCGUAUCAGGCCGGAAUCGUGCAAUGCAUCGCUACCACCGCCUCCCAUUCCCUCGCCGAGAUUCUCGAUGCGACCCCCGAGCAGGCAUGGCUGCAGGUAUACAUCAACAGAGAUCGGAGCAGAACGGAAGCGCAGAUACGGCAGGCCACGGUCUCCGGGAAGGUCAAGGGGUUUCUGAUUACGGCCGAUCUCCCAGUCAUGUCCAAGCGAGAGGCCGAUGAGCGGCUCAAGCCCGACGGAGGCAGAGGGCUGGUAGUGAGUCUCAACCAGCAGCAGCCGCGUGGAGCCCCACCCAUGAACGGGAAUGCUGGCUUAGCGAAGUCGAAUAGCUCGUUCAUCGAUUCUACCCUCAACUGGAAGGAUAUCCCCUGGCUUCGGAGCCUCACCGAACUGCCGCUGCUGAUCAAAGGAGUUCAGCGGGCAGAGGAUGCGCAUCUGGCCCUGCGUUUCGGUCUCGACGGCAUUGUGGUCAGUAACCAUGGGGGCCGCGCCGCCGACACGGCGCCCCCCUCCAUCUUGACCCUCCUUGAGAUCCGCCGUGACUGCCCGGAGGCGUUCGAGAAGAUGGUCGUUCUGGUCGACGGAGGGUUCCGACGAGGGUCUGAUGUCGUCAAAGCCGUCUGUUUGGGAGCGUCAGCCGUCGGGCUGGGUCGACCUUUCACCUACGCCUUGACCUACGGGGAGCCGGGAGUGCUUCAUGCCAUCGAAGUUCUGAAACAAGAAGUCGAGACGGCAAUGCAGCUGGUAGGAUUGACCGACCUGCAAGAUGCCAGCCCUAGAUACAUCAACACCGCCGCCCUGGAUCGCUUGUUGCCACCAAACAAUAGUCUUCUCCCAGAAGAGCUAGCAGCUGACUGGGCGAGAGUAAAACUGUAA